UAACGAGCCAGCUGGCGGCGGCAGUGCCGUCGUUUACGUGGAGGUACGACCUUCGCGAGAGUCCGCUCUCGCUGGUGGGGCCCGUGUGCCGGAUCGCUCCUGGAAGGUCGCAGUCCUGCCCUGGGGAACAAACCGCGCGGCGCGAAUCGUACCCGCGGCGCGGGGAACGAGGAGGUACACCACCCGGACACCACGAGGAAAACACGCCGAGGAGAAGCGAAACGUGGGAAAACGAGGGAGACGAGGAGGGCGGCGAGGAGGGGAAGGAAAGAAAACAAACAUGCCGUGAACCUCGCCAGGUGACAAUGCGUACGACCCGACGAAGUCGACGGUGCUCAUAGCGCGUGCGGCUUUCAAUCGCACGCGACCAACGUCGUGUAGACAGUCCGUCGUCGUCGUCGUCAUCCUCGUCGUUGCCGCGCAUGUACAUGUGUAGUGGUGCGUAGUGGUACACGCGCGGUGCGAUCGUGUUGUUACCUGACCCGUGGUAUACCUCCUGACCCAGCUACGACCUGAUUCAGGCGCUCCGACAUCUGGACCAAUCCACCACGAUGACUACGAGGGAGCUUUACGUUAAGGACAGCCGAGUAUGGGUGCCGCAUCCGGAGAAGGUGUGGGAGGGCGCUGUGCUUUUGGAGAACUACAGGCAGAAUCAGCCGGCGUUGAAGGUACGCACGGAGGAGUCGAAACAGACGAGGACAUUGGAGAUCAAAUCGGAUAACGAUCUUCCGCCACUUCGGAAUCCUGAUAUUCUGAUAGGAGAAAACAAUCUCACGUCGCUAUCGUUUCUCCACGAGCCCGCUGUCCUUUACAAUCUCCAGAUCCGCUUCCAACGGCACUCUAUUUACACCUACUGUGGCAUCGUCCUGGUAGCCUUCAACCCGUACAACGAAUUACCCAUUUAUGGCAAUGACACGAUAUGGGCCUACAGGGGCCAGGCGAUGGGCGACCUGGAACCCCACAUAUUCGCCGUGGCCGAAGAAGCCUAUACAAAGUUGGAGAGGGAAAACCAUGAUCAAUCGAUUAUUGUCUCUGGCGAAUCGGGCGCCGGCAAAACGGUCUCCGCGAAGUAUACCAUGCGAUAUUUCGCGACCGUCGGCGGAUCGGCGACGGAGACGCAGAUCGAGAAGAAGGUUCUCGCCUCUUCGCCUAUCAUGGAGGCGAUCGGUAAUGCGAAGACUACCAGGAACGACAAUUCCUCCAGAUUUGGAAAGUUUAUUGAGAUCCAGUUCAACAAAAACUAUCAUAUCACCGGCGCGAGCAUGAGGACCUAUCUACUGGAGAAGUCGCGGGUGGUAUUCCAAGCGAACGAGGAGCGAAAUUAUCAUAUCUUCUAUCAGAUGUGCUCAGCGGCAAAACGUCUUCCCAAGUUGCACCUGUGCGACCAAAAUCAGUUCCAUUAUCUCAAUCAGGGUAACAAUCCCAGGAUCGAUGGCGUGGACGAUCUCGAGUAUUUCGACGAAACGAUAAGUGCAUUAACGAUGCUCGGCUUUACGUCCAAGCAGCAAGAUGACAUGCUGCGUAUACUGGCGGCCAUACUACACCUGGGUAAUGUAAACAUAAGCGGUAGUAUGGUCAAAAAUGCGAAGGAUAAAAACAGCGAAAUGGACACCGAGUCUUGCUACAUCUCGUCUUCAGACCGACACUUACUCAUUCUUUCCGAGCUGCUAGGUGUCGAGGUGAACGCGAUGCGCAAGUGGUUAUGCCAUCGGAAGAUCGUUUCGACACGGGAGGUCUUCCUGAAGCCUAUGACUGUGGAUCAGGCAAUUGGCGCGCGCGACGCUUUGGCCAAGCACAUCUACGCAGAGCUCUUCAAUUGGAUAGUGACCAAUAUCAACAGCUCGCUGCAAUCACCCAGUCAGGCGCACUGUUUUAUCGGGGUAUUAGACAUCUACGGCUUCGAAACGUUUGAGAUAAACUCGUUCGAGCAAUUCUGUAUCAACUACGCGAACGAGAAGCUUCAGCAGCAAUUCAAUCAGCACGUUUUCAAGCUGGAACAGGAGGAAUAUCUGAAAGAAGACAUUGAAUGGACCUUCAUCGAUUUCUAUGACAAUCAGCCGUGCAUCGACCUGAUCGAGACCAAACUCGGUAUUCUGGACCUCCUCGACGAGGAGUGCCGCAUGCCGAAGGGUUCGGACGCUUCCUGGGCGGAGAAGUUAUACACCAAGUGUAUUAAGUCUAAGCACUUCGAGAAACCGCGAUUUGGGACUUCAGCCUUUCUGAUCCAUCAUUUCGCCGAUCUCGUGCAAUAUGAAACCGUGGGCUUCCUGGAGAAGAAUCGCGACACCGUGAUUGAGGAGCAAGUGGACGUGCUGAGAAACAGCGAGAACAAGCUGCUCAGGAAGUUAUUCAAUGAAGAGGAUCCCAAGUUAGCAGUGCCGCACACAAAAGUGAAAGUGUCUGCCCAGAAGAGCGCGCCGAUAAGCACAGCUAACAAGCAGAAUAAGAAGACAGUCGGUUCGCAAUUCCGUGAUUCUCUUAACAUGCUAAUGGCCACGCUGAACGCCACGACGCCGCACUACGUGCGCUGCAUCAAGCCGAACGACGAGAAGGAGGCCUUCGAGUACAGUCCGGUGCGGGCGGUACAGCAGCUGCGCGCUUGCGGCGUUCUGGAGACCAUCAGGAUCUCCGCUGCAGGUUUCCCGAGCCAGCGAACGUACGGUGACUUCUUCCAGAGGUACCGCUGUCUCUGCAGGUUUAAGGAGAUACGGCGGGAUGAUCUGAAGGAGACCUGCCGACGCAUCCUGGCCAGGUACAUCCAGGAUGAGGACAAGUUCAAGUUUGGUAAGACCAAAGUGCUGUUCAGGGCUGGUCAGGUGGCGUAUCUAGAGAAGCUACGAGCGGACAAGCAGCGUGACGCUUGUAUAAUGAUUCAGAAAACCGUGCGCGGUCUGAUUCAUCGUAAUAGGUACAGGAAGAUCCGUAGAUCGAUCCUGGGUCUUCAGAGGUACGGUAGAGGUUAUAUCGCUAGGAAAAAGGCAGAGGCUAUGAGGAGGGAGAGGGCGGCAGUGAGGAUUCAGGCGCGGGUGAAGGGUUGGCUACAAAGGCGAUGGUAUCUGCAGGUGAAACGGACUAUUCUCGGUUUACAAACGCGAGGCAGGGGCAAUAUGGCUCGUGCCAGGUUCAGGAUGAUGAAAGAUCACGCCGCAGCAACGGUGAUUCAGAGAUUCGCUCGUGGAUAUCUCGUAAGAAUGGCAUGCAAGAAGAAACUCAGGGACAUAAUAACCGUGCAGUCGUGCAUCAGGAAGCGUCAGGCAAAGAAGGUCUUCAGACAACUGAAGGCCGAGGCCAGGAGUGUGGAGCACGUCAAGUCGCUCAACAAAGGGUUGGAAAUGAAAAUUAUCACGUUGCAGCAAAAGAUAAACGAGAUGGCAAAAGAUACUCAACUCUUGAAGAACGUUCAAAACGAGAUGAUAGAUUUGAAGUGCAAGCUGGACGGUUUGAAAUCCGUCGACGUUGAAAAUAAGAAACUGAACGGAGUGGUGCAGGACAAAGAGAGGGAGUUGAAAAGGAUGGAAGAAAUUCUACAGCAGGAGAAAGAUGAAAAAAUGGAUAUACUGCACGAUAAGGAGAGACUUGCUCUACAGAAGGACGAGGAAAACAAGAGGCUGAAAGAGGAGAACGAAAGAUUACGGAAGGAACUCUCGAUAGCGACCGAGAAGUUGAACAGCAACCAGCUUGGCGCCGAGGCAAACCUGAAGUAUCGAAUCGAACAGGAAAAAGAUCUGCUUCGAAUGGAACAGGACCAGGAUCGCGGAGCCUAUCAAAGACUGCUCAAGGAGUAUCACGAUUUGGAACAGCACACAGAAAUGUUGGAACAGAAGCUAAUACAAGUACAAGGAGUGCUCGGACAUUCGCGCUCUUUGAGCAAUGCUUCUAGCGGCAGUGGUCAAAUCGCGACGGAAAUUCCGCAAGAUGAUCAAAACGCCGAUUUUGGUUACGGUUCUGUGAGAUCUACAGCUUCCUCGUCGACCCCCUACUCACGAGUAGAAACAAUCGAUUGGAAUCAACAACGGUCGGAUAGUCCACCCGAUGGGGAAGCUCAAGCGAACAAAUCACCUCCGGAGGCAUCAGCGCUUGCACACGCGCCCGUUGACAUUGGUCUCGUCCUGAAGCUGCAACAAAAACUGAAGGAUGUCGAGAAAGAGAAAGGCAGACUGAUUAGAAUGGUCGAGGAUUUGGAACGCGACAAUAAUGAGGAGUCUAAUAGAACGCAGGAUUCGUUCAGACUUCAAGAACUGGAAAUGGAGAACGCGCAACUUAAAAAAGACUUGACCUCACUGAGGAAGACCGUAUCGUCGUCCAGUCCAUCGUCCGCGCAGCAAAAUCUCAUGAUACAAUUCGAGGCGCUUCAGGAGGAAUUGGAAAGAAGAAGAGAGGAGUGUAUUCAGCUGCACAGUGUGCUGGCCGAUCAUACACAUAGAAUGAAGAACUUAGGUGCCAAUUAUGGCCGCGACGUGGACAUUAUAAACGAAGAUGGCGAGCUGGUACUUGCUUUUGAAGCGCAGAAGAAGAUUAACAGUAAACUUAAGACACUGGGAGGAGAGCAAUUGGAGGAUGAGCUACAGGCAAAGGAAAAGAAUUGGCGAAUGCAAAGGGACGAAUGGCGAAACGAGAUAGACAGGCUACAAGAAGAAAUCGAGAGGCAGCAAAAACUACUUUCCAUUAAUUUAAGUAAAUCACCGCAAACUCAAGCAGAGCUUUACAUGCAACAUGAGGUUGCCAGAUUGACGUCUGAAAAUCUGGAACUUCAAGAGAAAUAUGAUAAAGUAGCGGAGGAAUGCAGACGCUUCAAGAAACAAUGCAAAAUCCUAGCAAAACGACUCAAGGAUGCUGGCUAUGAAGGAGAGGAGCGUUCUUAUAUGAAAGGCGCCGUGCCCAAUGCAGUGGAAUACAUGAAUGGUAGUAUCGCCGUAUCCAGUACUACAGGAGAUGAAACUAACAUGCCUAUAAUUCGCAAGAAGGAGAGGGAUUAUGAAGGAAUGUUUGAAUUUAGAAAGGAGGAUAUUAACUUGAUUAUACGUCACAUGGUUAUUGAGUUGAGGCCCCGAAUAGCAGUGACGCUGCUACCGGGCCUACCAGCCUACAUUCUCUUCAUGUGCAUCAGACACACCGACUGCAUCAACGAUGACGACAAAGUGCGAGCGCUGUUGACCGAGUACCUGAAUGCUGUUAAACGCGUGCUGAAGAAACGCGACGAUUUCGACUCCAGAGUGCUCUGGCUGAGCAAUACUUUGCGUUUGUUGCACAACAUGAAACAAUAUUCCGGCGACAAGCCUUUCCAGAUUGAAAAUACGCCCAGGCAAAAUGAGCAGUGCCUGAGAAACUUCGACUUAAGCGAGUACCGCGUCGUGUUGAGUAAUGUGGCACUUUGGAUUUUCAACAAUCUCAUUACGAAUCUCAAGGAGAGGAUUCAAGCGCUCACGGUACCGGCCCUGUUGGAGCACGAGGCGAUAUCUGUUCCAACCGACAAAACCGGACGGCCCAGGUCGUCGUCCAUGGGCGGCGAGCCGGAUUCCACACAACAGAAAUUGGAAAAGCUUUUGGGCGAGCUAACGUCGGUGCAUAAAACCCUACAAUAUCAUGGCGUGGAUCCUGAAGUCAUAGUGCAGCUAUUUAAACAACUGUUUUAUUUCAUGUGCGCCAGCGCUUUGAAUAACCUGCUCCUAAGGAGCGAGCUCUGUCGAUGGACGAAGGGUAUGCAGAUAAGGUAUAACAUGAGCCACUUGGAGCAAUGGGGUAGAGACCGACAAUUAGAAGCCGCGUCAGAAGCGCUACAACCUAUCAUACAAGCGUCGCAACUUCUGCAAGCUCGCAAGACGGACGAGGACGUUAAUUCCGUCUGCGAGAUGUGCCACAAACUGACGGCCAACCAAAUAGUGAAAAUUCUGAAUUUAUACACGCCUGUCGACGAUUACGAAAGUCGCGUUCCUGUUUCAUUCAUCAAAAAAGUACAAGAGAAGCUGAAGGAGCGCGGUGAGAACAACGAACAACUGUUAAUGGAUUUAAAGUAUUCCUAUCCCGUAAGAUUUUCAUUCAAUCCGUCAGACAUUCGACUUGAAGAUAUCGAGAUACCCGAGGUGCUUCAUUUGCCCAUGCUCAAGAAGGUGUAAUGCAAAUUAAGCACGACCGUGGUCAAGAUCCCUGUUCUACCGUACUGUACUAUACUGUGUCUUUAGUUGAAAACGUUAUACGCGAAUAACCGAUAAACUUGCUUAGUCCAUUUGUUCGUACUGAAAGUUAGUGAUACCGGUAAUCCAACUACGUUUAGACGUAGACGUGUCAAGAAUGGCCCAUCGAUAUAUCACAUUUUAUAUGUUUCUUUUUUACUCGAGUAAUUUAUAGAUUUUACGAUAUGUCGUCGCAUUCCUAAUCGUAUUCGCGUUCAAAGUCAAUUCCGUUCCGUAGGUAGACUAUCAGGUCUCGAUAAGUGAAAGAGCGAUAUUUUUCAUUGUUGUUAUUGUACAGCGUUGUCGAAAUGUAAGAAAGGCAUGCGUACGAAGUUUCUAUAAGGAUUUUUUAAUUUAAGAUUUUUUUUAUUGAUUGAUAUUUGCAUUAAAGAUAAAUUGUAUUCUCGGAAAUAUAACUCUUUUGUUCUUUCUGUGAUAUAAGGAAAUUUGUGUCUCGCACACAUUUUGUGUUCAUUUCGUUAUUAAAUAAAAAUUAAAAAUUUCUAACGUAAGUUAAUUAAAUUAUGCAUGUAAUAUAAUAAUUUUCUUAAUUCUGGAAAACUUAUUUAACAAAUGCAUGGAUACAUUGGAACAAUAAUGAUAAUAAUUGUGUGCGUGAAUACAAUAUUCGGUUUACAUAUGAUAUGGUAAAAGUGCUUUUCUCCUUUAUAUCAUAUGGAUCCUUAUAAGAAUUUCGUACGCACUAUCAAGUUGAAAACAAUCUUGUUGAAGAUUUAAUCAAUAUGUAAAAAAGAAACGCGCGCGAGAGAAAAGAUAUAACGUCAUGUUGGAAAUAGAUUGUAUAUUUUGUGAUACGAAUGAAAAGGAGAGAGAAAAAACUACUAUAAAAUUGGGUCCAAUAACGGACCGAUAUAUGAAUGAGAAAAAAAUAUGAAGGCGACUGAAAGAAACAGGGGUAUAUAUAAUUAUUGUUGUAUUCUAAUUUAUAUUGUAUGUACAUGCGAUUAUAUUUUGUGCCAUUUUAAGAGUAGAUUGUAAUAAUAUUAAUUUGUUAUUUCAUUCAGUCUGCCAUUGGUUUCACGCAUUACACAUUUCACAGAAUGAUGUCUGAAAAGAGAGAAAAUAUCCCUUGUCCCUCAAAAUGUUAUAGACAGAAUAUAUUUACACAAUUACACACCUUGACUCGAUGUGACAUACUUAUUUAUUCCUACAGUGAAAAUAAAGUCGAGGUGCUGAAGAGCUUAAUGAU